GUUUCAUGCUUUAUUGAUUCAGUUGUGCCCUAAACUUUAUUCUUUGGGAUAGAGAUUGGUGUCCUUGUUGGGGUUCAUCGAAGCUACCCUGUCCCACUCAUAAACUAUCUGUAGAGGUUCAUAAGAGAAUCAGGAACCCUAGCUCAAAUCCAUAGCGCAAUUUAACUCAACUUAAGGUCAAUUGGAGUGAUGAUCAACGAAGACGACGGAGACAAAAGCUACCGAAUGACUGGCUGACUGCUACUGUUAAAUACACAUCAUCCACCUUCAAUUCGUAAAUUGGUCAUCAACAUCGUUGUUAACCUUUAAAUUCUGCCACUUCCGGACACCGAAUCGAUCAACGAUGACAAGUGAACCGAUGGACACUACAGAAAGAGAGAAUGUUUCUGAAUUUACACUCGCCAAGAUACACACGUGGUUCCUUGAUAGACAAUUAUUUUCAGCUGUUAAGAAUAAAACUCUAGUGGUUGAUUCAAAUGAAGUGACAAAGCAGCCUGCAAUCAUAAACUCUUCUCCAAAUGCUCUAAAAAAUCUUGUGGCCUUGUCAAAAGCAUGGGCUGCAUCUGAAAAACCUAAAACGCCCAAAGCACAAAGAGUGGCAGAACUUUCAGAUUUGAGUUUUGAAGCCUUGUCAGCAAAGGAUUGUGCUUGGUAUGAUGUUGCUACUUUCACUAAUUUCAGAGUUCUUUACCAUGGCGAGCUCGAAGUUUGUGUGAGAUUUUCCGGUUUUAGUCAUGAUCAAGAUGAGUGGGUGAAUGUAAGAAAAGGACUUCGUGAGAGGUCAAUACUCUUGGUGCCUUGAGAAUGUCACAAAGUCAAAGUUGGUGAUCUUUUGCUAUGCUACAGGCAAAUGAAGAUCAUGCACUUUAUUCUGAUGCACAAAUCCUCCGUGUUGAAAGGCAGCUGCAUGCAUGAUACAGAUACUUGCACGUGUGCCUUUGUGGUUCGGUUUGAGUACGAUAAUGUCGAGGU